AUGUAGGGACCGCCCAGGGGCGGGGCUACGACGUUUGGCGCGAAAUUUUCUCCUCGCUGUCUUUCGGUUCCUAGUGAGGCGCUGGUUUUGAGCCCGGCGCGCGGCGACUGACUGAGGAGAAUCCAGCGGGGGCAGAAAGGUGAAAAGUUCCGUGCUUACUUGAGACAGUUCCGUGUUACAUCAUCCAGUGAAAAGAACACAUACUGAAGUGACUUUUACACAGGAGCCAUGGCAUGCUACUUUACAAGGCUGAAGACCAGACAAACUUAUUCUUGGGUUGGCAGGCCACUGUUGGAUCGAAAACUGCAAUAUCAAACUUACAAAGAAAUGAGCAUAAAAAUGGAAGGUUGUUCCUCUGAGAUUCGUGUCCAAGUUGGACAGUUCGUGUUUAUUGAAGGGAAUGAUGAUGAAAAUCCAUAUGUUGCUAAAUUGGUUGAAUUAUUUGAAGAUGAUUAUGAAGUUUCUAACAAGAAACGUGCUCGAGUACAAUGGUUUAUCCGAUUCUGUGAAAUCCCUGUCCAUAAACAACACUUGCUUGGCCGGAAGCCUGAUGCACAGGAGAUAUUCUGGUAUGAUUACCCUGCCUGUCCCACCAACAUUAGUGUUGAGACCAUCAUUGGCCCUGUACAGGUAGUUGCUUUAGCCCCAGAUGAUGUGAUACCUAUGGGUCUAAAAAAUAAGAAGACAUUCUUUGUGAAACUAUCUUGGAACGAGACGAAAUUCAUACCACUAUCCUCAGAAUUAUUUGCAGAGUUGGAUAAGCUACAGGAAGUCAGCCCUAGAUGCCAGAAGCUCACGGGGACCAAGGCUAAGGGCACAGAAAGCCCUUCUUGCAUCAGAGCACAGCAUGUCGUCAAAAGCAUUGAAUCAAGGCAUUCUACCUCCAAAUGUCGCCAAACUCCUACCCAUCCUGUUACUCCUAGGGCAAGGAAGAAGCUAGAACUUGGCAGUUUGCCCAGGACACCCAACACUAGGAAUUCCCAGCAGAUGUUAGGGACUUCAUUAGAUUCUCCUGGAAGAACUAAAAGGAAAGUGACCCUCUCUGAGAUUACCUCACCUUCUAAGAGGCCUCAGCGAGAUAGACUAGAGAUCCCAUCUCCAGUUAUGAAAGCCCCAGAGAAAACUGGAGACAUUCGACACUCUUGUGCUGAGGAUGACAAGAAGACUUCAUCUCAAUGUCACAUGACCCUGAGAACUCGAUUACCAGCUUUGAAAGCCCCAGAGAUGAGUGAAGAUAUAACACUUACCCCGGUUAGGCGAGGUCGGACAUCUUUGGUGGUACCUUCUGUGAUUCUGAAACCAGAAGACAGCAAAAACAGGGAGGCUGAAGAACCAGAAACUCAGAAUGAGGCUGUUGCUACUCCGCAUCGUGUCCAGAGGAAGAAUUCUCUCUUGACUGUGAACCGGAUUAGGCAACAGCUUAGGUUUUUAGGUAAUAAUAAAAAUGACCCAGAAGAAAAAGAGUUCCUGCCAACAGCAGAGAUUUCAGAAUCUGAUAGUGAGGAGGAAGAGGCUUCCAUGUCACCCCUUCCUAGAAGAACACCCAGAAACCUUCGGUCUUCCAUAAAGUCAUCCUUACAGACCCCCUGCAAGACACCAAAGAAAACCUCCAAGCCUAGAACACCACGUGAUGCCACGCCCCAGAUCCGCAACCGAAAGCUGGCCGCCCAGGAGCCUGCCAGUGUGCUGGAGGAGGCCCGACUGAGGCUGCAUGUUUCUGCUGUGCCUGAUUCACUUCCUUGUCGGGAACAGGAAUUCCAAGACAUCUACAACUUUGUAGAAAGCAAACUCCUUGAUCGUACUGGAGGAUGCAUGUACAUCUCAGGAGUCCCUGGGACAGGGAAGACUGCCACUGUGCAUGAGGUGAUACGCUGCCUGCAGCAGGCAGCCCAGGCAAAUGAUGUUCCUCCUUUUCAAUACAUUGAGGUCAAUGGCAUGAAGCUGACAGAACCGCACCAGGUCUAUGUGCAAAUCUUGCAGAAGCUGACAGGCCAAAAGGCAACAGCAGAUCAUGCGGCAGAACUUCUGGCAAAGAGAUUCCGCACUCGAGGCUCUUCUCAGGAAACCACUGUACUGCUUGUGGACGAACUUGACCUUCUUUGGACUCGGAAGCAAGACGUAAUGUACAAUCUCUUUGACUGGCCUACUCACAAGGAGGCCCGGCUUGUAGUCCUAACCAUUGCCAACACUAUGGACCUCCCAGAGCGCAUUAUGAUGAACCGAGUGUCAAGCCGACUGGGUCUUACAAGGAUGUCCUUCCAGCCAUAUACUCACAGUCAAUUGCAGCAGAUUCUACUGUCCCGACUCAAAUACUUAAAGGCCUUUGAGGAUGAUGCCAUCCAGUUGGUAUCCAGGAAGGUAGCAGCCCUCUCUGGAGAUGCACGACGCUGCCUGGACAUUUGUAGGCGUGCCACAGAGAUCUGUGAGUUUUCACACCAGAAACCCGACUGCCCUGGCGUGGUCACGGUAGCCCACCUAUUGGAAGCAGUGGAGGAGAUGUUUUCAUCGCCAUACAUCACUGCCAUCAAAAAUUCCUCUGUUCUGGAACAGAACUUCCUGAGAGCCAUCCUUGCUGAAUUCCGUCGAUCAGGAUUGGAGGAAGCAACAUUUCAACAGGUUUACAGUCAACACGUGGCACUGUGCAGAAUGGAGGGCCUGUCGUACCCCACCAUGUCAGAGACCAUGGCAGUGUGUGCUCACCUGGGCGCCUGCCGCCUCCUCCUUGUGGAGCCCAGCAGGAAUGACCUGCUCCUUCGAGUGCGUCUCAAUGUCAGCCAGGAUGAUGUGCGGUUUGCACUGAAAGACCAGUGAAGGUCUUCACCAGGAAGGAGUGUGACCUGUGAUCUCCCAGAGCCAGACUUCCUUUGUCGAAGCACAUGGAAUUGGAGCAAAGUAUACUGAGUGGAAAUGGUUGUUAGGUAUUUUGGAAUUUACCAUUAAAUAAUUUGCUUUUUCCAGAGUUUGGGAAAUUUUUGCAAACAUGACAUUGUAAAAUCAAAAGGUCUUACAUGACAUUGUAAGACCUUUCCUAUGGUAGGUCUUUGCUCUCACUUUCUGUGAGUACUCCUAUCAUUUAUUUAGUGGUAGCAUACCACAUAUACAAGUGUGCACACCAUUACCUGUAUGCAUAUGUGUAUAUAUAUAUAUAUUUCUGAGAGAAUAUGUAAAAAUUGGUUAUCUUGCCUACCUCCGGUAGAGAGCUGGAUGGUCUCUUAAGAAAUCACCCAAGAGCAGUAAGAAGAGUGAAAUGCCAAGAAAACUGAAAGAUACUUGAAACUACUAACUAGAAAACAUAAUAAUGAUGAAGUUUAGGAGACAAGCAUGAGUUAAGUGCGUUGCAAGGUUUGUUUUUGAUGGAAAACUCCAUAAUGCCCCUCUACUCUAUUUCAAUGCACUGCAGGGUGAGGGUGGGGAGUAAGAGCUUGAUGUUAAAAUAUCUAAAGUGAGGAGCCUCCCUGGUGGCAUCAGGAGUUAAGAUGCAGCCUAUGAAGCUAUCCACAGUCGCUACCACACGAGUUCCAUGUAAGAGCAACCCACAUGGUGCAGCAGACCUCUCCUGUCACGCCCGCUGCUCCCCUCAGCAGUGUAUUUCAUCAGUCUGCCUGUUCUGCUCCCCACUGUCUCUGGUGAAUCCUCUCACCCUUCCACACAUCUCUGGCCUGUACCCCCGUUCUUGUAUGCAUAAAUAAUCUU